AUGGUCGGCUCAACCUCAGAGAGAUGCAAUCGCACUUGCGAAGAGGAGUACGAAAGCGAAGAUGUCGAAAGAAUGAGGGCUGGAGAAGACGCAGCACCUACAGUAUGCUGUUGCCUCAGCGCACGACUUUGCUUAGGAAUCUUGUGCUUGAUAUCGCUGGUUCACUCCCUUGUUGAAUUGUUCGCGUAUGAGAAAGUUCAUGUUUCCUUCAAAUUCAGCUACAACGUCAUCGUUAUUAUCUUGUCGGCCUUAAUAGCACUCGGCGGUCUGAUUGGAAUCUUAUUUAGUAAACCACUACCGAUGUUGAUACUGACAAUAAAUUACGUAAUUCUUGGACUUUUGAGAAUUGGCGUCCUUGUAAUGGGCAUAGUUGGUUAUACGACAAUAGAGAAAGAAGAACACAAGGUGCUGCUGAUAAUAGUAUUAAUUGGUAUGGCGAUUACCAUUUUUUACUAUUUCUACAUCGCAUAUGUGGCACAUAAACUGCGCGUCUACUAUAAAUGCUUGGGAUGAAAAAAUUGAAGUAUCCUGCUUAGUUAACCAGUUG